CUCAACCUUCAAGGGAAAUCUAGGGCUGUUGAUCAAUUUCGAGAUGAACAAGCAGCUCAAUUUUGUUAGAGAUGGAGUGACCAAAUUGCCGCCUGGCUUUCGCUUCCAACCAACAGAUGAAGAGCUUGUGUUUCAGUACUUGAAAUGCAAGGUUUUUUCCCUCCCUUUGCCUGCUUCAAUCAUUCCUGAGCUUAAUUUUUGCAAUUAUGAUCCCUGGGAUUUGCCAGGUGAGUUGGAGCAAGAGAGGUAUUUUUUUAGCAGUAAGGAAGCCAAGUAUAAAACCGGGAACCGAAUCAACAGAGCGACAGCUUCUGGUUAUUGGAAGGCAACCGGGUUAGACAAACAAAUCAUAUCAAGGAGAAAUCAAAUAGCAGGGAUGAGGAAAACUCUAGUUUUUCACAUGGGGAAGCCUCCACAUGGGUCUAGAACUGAUUGGAUCAUGCAUGAAUAUCGUCUAGUUACUGUAACAAACAAAGAUUGCAACUCUCCACUGGCAAAGAACCCAAUAAUCCAGAACUACUUGAAUCAUCACAUGGAUAAAUGGGUUCUCUGUCAUAUAUUUUUGAAGAAAAGAACUAAGAAAAGUACCGAGGAAGAGGUUAUUCAGAGUUGUUGCAAUGAUAACAAGGAAGUGAAAAAAACUAUGGCAGUGGCUGUUCAUCAUGAGCCAAAAAUCUUUGAUUUUAUGAGAGAAAAAGCUCGCAUAACAGAUGUGUUAUCUUCCUCGUCUUCUUCAAGUUCGAUCAGUAGCAGUAUCACUGAGGUUUCUUCAAUUGGAGAAGAGAACGUUGAAGAAAGUAGCAGCUGCAAUAUUGUAUUUUGAACAUUAUAAAUUGUUAAAGCACUGAUCAGAGCUAAAAGCAUGUUAAUUAGGCUGGUGUUUUCUCUCCUAUUAUGCUGUUAAUAUAAU